UACGCCAGCGCCGGCCGCAGGGUGUCGAUGGGCCUCGACGGCACGCUCGAGGCGGCGCUCGACGCCGCCGCGCCGGCCAUGCGCGGCCUCCGCUUCGUGCUCCUGACGUUUGGCAACGCCGCCUUUUCGGAACUGCUCCGCAACUUUUGCGCGCAUGCCCGGCGGGCGGGCGCGGCGCACGUGGUCGGCGCUGUCGACGUGGGCGCCUUUGAGCUGCUCAGGGAGAGCGGCUCGCCGUGCUACAAGACACCGCUCGCGCUGGCGACCGGCUACUCGCUCGACGGGGCUAACAGCCACUCGUCGGGCUCGUGGAAGGCCUUUGCCGCCAUGCGGACGGGAGAGGUCGCCCGGGUUGUCGCCACCGGCCUCGACGUGCUUCACAUCGACACGGACGUUGUUCUGCUGCGAGACCCGGCGCCCUUCUGCAUGUGCACCGCCGCCGCGCGCGCCGAGUUUGGAGACGCCUCGCGCUUCCCGUGCUCUGCGCUGCGCGCCGCCGACGUCGCGGUCUCGUCGGACAAUAUGGGGCCUAGCAGGUCCGUCGCGGGCGGCGCCGCCUACCACGGAGCAGGCACCUUCAACUCGGGCCUACUUCUCUUCCGCGCCACCGCCGCCGGCCGGCACUUCGCCGCGCAGUGGCACCGCAAUGUCGCCUCUCCCGAGCGCGGAUCGCGCUUCUGGGGCAAGACGUCCGACCAGCAGGUCUUCAAUGCUAUGGUGCGGAGGGAGCGGCAGUGGCCCGGCGUGGGCGGGCGGCGCGGCGAGUGGAUCAUGCGGCGGCUGCACGAGGACUGGGACGGCAAUCUCUCGCUCGGCGCUCUGCCGCUGCCGCUCUUCAUGAAUGGACACGGCUACUUUGUGCAGGCGGCGCACCGAUCGCUGCAGGUGUCGCCCUUUGCGGUGCACGCAACCUACUCGCUGGACAACCACGACGGCGUCGCCAAGCGGCAGCGCUUCCGCGAGGCUGGCCUCUGGCUCGCCGACGGAGAGGAGUACUUUCGCGGACGGUUCCUCGCCCUCAACGCCUCGGUCCCGCCCGCCGUCGCCGCCGCCCUCGGGGCGGCACGCAGCGCCGGCCAGUCACCGAACCACAUCGGCGUGCACGCGGCGGCGCUGCGCGGCUACUUGGCCGAGCUACGCGACGCGCUCGCCCUCGCGCGCGCCCUCCGCCGCACCCUCGUGCUGCCGCGCUGGACCUGCUACGUCGACAAGCUCUGGGCGGGGAGCGACAACAUCAUCGGCAUGGGCUUCAUGUACCCCGGCUCGCAGGACGCGCCCUUCCUCCCCUUCGCCUGCCCGAUGGACCACGUCCUCUCGCCCGCCGCCUGGGCAAAGGCGGAGGUCGACUACCGCGACGGCUCUUUCCUCUCCUCGCCGCGCCUCUCGCCCGAGCUGACCGC